AUGUCGCAGACUUUGUCCUACACCCCUGUCGACGAGAUUCCUCAAAUCCAUCAGGAUUUGCGGAAGGCAUUCAUAUCUGGCAAGACCAAGUCAAUUGCGUUUCGCAAGCAGCAACUUUUGAACCUAUGCUACCUCCUCGAGGACAACUACGAUCGCUUCAAGCAAGCAUUUGCGGCUGACUUAGGGCGGCCGUAUGAGGAGUCAGAACUCCUGGAACUCAAUGGCACGCUGCUCGAGCUCAAGGAGACCUAUGACAAAGUGGAGGAAUGGGCCUCUCCAGAGAAGGCUCCGUUCAACAUGCUUUGGUUCGCCAUGUCGCCGAUCACUAGGAAGGAACCCAAAGGCGUUGUUCUGAUUAUCAGUCCCUUUAACUACCCCGUCUACCUCACACUAUGCCCGCUGGCUGGUGCUAUCGCAGCUGGAAACACCGUAAUGCUCAAGCCUUCGGAACUGUCGGAGGCCACUGCGGCUCUUCUGACCGAGCUAUUGCCGAAGUAUCUUGACCCGGAGCUGUACCGGGUCGUCAAUGGUGCUGUCCCAGAGACGACAAAGAUUCUCGAGCUUCCUUUUGAUCACAUAUUGUACACCGGUAAUGGCCGCGUAGCCCGGAUCGUUCUAGCCGCAGCGGCCAAGCACUUGACACCAGUCACGACUGAGCUCGGAGGCAAGAGUCCAUGCGUCAUUGACCCUCGUUGCGAUAUCAAGACCGCUGCAAAGAGAAUCAUGUGGGGCAAGCUCGUCAACGGCGGCCAGCUUUGUCUCUCCCCGGACUACGUUCUCGUGCCCGAUUGGUUCCAAGAUAAGUUUGUCGAGGCGCUCAAAGACGCAUACCACGAGCUUCAUCCUGUCGAUCCCAAGGAGUCUGGCCUGGUCUGUCGCAUGGUCAACGAGCGCCACGCAAUACGCGUCAAGAACCUCAUUGACAACACCAAGGGUACGAUCGUCUUCGGUGGUGAAGUAGACGUCGCGACAAAAUAUGCCGCGCCCGCUCUUAUCAAGAACGUCAAGGGGGAUGAUUCUCUCAUGAGCGAAGAGAUUUUUGGUCCUUUCUUGCCUGUGAUACCUGUAAAGGACGUCGAUGAGGCGAUUGAAUUCAUUAACGAGAGGGAUCACCCUCUAAACAUUUAUGUCUUCUCCAACGAUCCAGCCUUCAAGGCCAAGGUGUUCGAUAACACCCAAAGUGGCACAGUUGCGGCGAAUGACACUAUUCUUCACGUCAUGGCGUAUGGCGUUCCAUUUGGCGGAGUCGGACCUAGUGGAUCUGGCUUCACCACCGGAAAGUAUUCGUUUGAAGUCUUUACGCACCUUCGAUGCCAGAUGGACAACCCCAGCUGGAUCGAUCCGGCGCUCAUGGCUGCGCGGUAUACGCCGUUCAAGCCCAGACCGCUGGCCUUUCUCAACAUGCUCUUGCACCCUCGUUUGCCGCCUCGCAACGGCGGCAGGAGCGUCGCGCAAAAACUCAGCCUGGGCUUCAUCUUGGCGCUCACCGCAGCCUUAUCCGCGUACCUCGUGCAUGCGGUGAAGAAGGCCGCAUAGAGACGGGGUCUUCCAUCUUUCUUCGC